AGACAAAGUUUCACACGAUACAUUUCAUCAACUUCAUCCAUGAUGGCUCCAAGAACGUAUCUGCAUCUUAACAUAAAGGAUGAUGUUGCCAUUAUUAAUUUCAAUGACCCUAAUGCCAAGGUAAAUUCGCUCAACAGGACUGUGAUGGCGGAGUUCGAGGAAGUAAUGGCUGAAGUGCAGGGCAACAGUCAGGUGAAGAGUGCUGUGUUGAUCUCGUCCAAGCCCGGCACCUUCAUCGCCGGUGCUGACAUCAACAUGCUGGCUUCAUGCAAGGACGAGGAGGAACUAUUCAACAUCUCACGAAGUGGCCAGAAGGUUCUUGAAUCGAUAGAGAAGAGCUCGAAACCCGUAGUGGCUGCUAUCCAAGGUGCCUGUCUGGGAGGGGGGCUUGAGGUGGCUCUGGCAUGCCACUACCGCAUAGCAGUGAAUAACAAAUCUACGCUGGGCCUGCCUGAGGUGAUGCUGGGACUGCUACCGGGAGGUGGAGGAACGCAGAGACUCCCACGACUGAUUGCAUUACCCGAUGCGAUGGACAUGAUGCUAACAGGCAAAAACAUUCGUGCGGCGAAGGCUAAGAAAAUGGGAUUGGUCGACAUGGUAGUUGCACCACUAGGGCCGGGAGUGAAGACUGCGGAUGAGAGGAACAUGGAGUAUCUGGAGGAGGUAGCCGUGCAGGUGGCCCGCGGGCUGGCCGACGGCAGUGUGUCCAAAGUGAGGACGAAGAACCUCAUGCGCACUGCUGGUGGCAGCCUCACCAACAAAACUGAGGAUGAGGUACUGUCAUCCAUCAAAAAGCUCGCCGUGCGUCUGCUUACCACGGGAAUUGCUGACUCUGAAAUCCAGCUUGAUCUUUUAGGAGACAAGAACCAGGACAUGGGCUUGGAAGAUGUCUUCCAGUUCAUUGAGGCAAAAGAGGCCGGGAAACGCUCUGCCUCCUCCCUUCUGGACUCACACGCGGUGGAAGCAGCCAGCAGCUCCUAUCGGAAAACCAGACAGACACAUCUCAAGGAGAAGCAGGAAGUGUGCGCCUACUGCGCAUGGCACAGGAAAAGAUCGACACCUCAGCCAUUCCUUGAUGUGACCGUGAAAGCUGUUCCUGAUGACUAUGAACCCCUUGGUUUCGGCCUGUUAUCCCCUUCGAAGACCUGCUCCAUACCAGCCAUGGCAGACACUGGAUGCCAAAGCUGCCUUGCUGGUUUGAAGGUCGUCCAUCACCUUGGAUUAUGCCUUCAAGACCUCAUCCCAGUCACCGUGGAGAUGCACACUGCGACUAAUGGGGGCAUCACGAUCCUUAGAGCUGCCCCUCUCCUCUUAUCCGGCAAAGAUCCCCUCGGUCAUGUUGUCGAGUCACGGCAACUGACCUACAUCACAGACAUCUCCGAUAAGCUCUUCCUCAGCAAAGAGGCCUGCAUCGAUUUGGGGAUCAUCUCGGAAGGCUUCCCCACGCUCGGCAUGACACAAGGGGCACACCAACCGGACACGGCAGCCACCCUCAAGAAGGCCUCUGAUGGAACAGCCUGUACCUGCCCUCGGCAUCAACAGCCCCCACCACCCCCUACUAAACUGCCAUUCCCUGCGACUGAGGCGAACCGUGUGACGCUGCAAAAGUAUCUACUUGACUACUUCAAAUCAAGCACAUUUAAUACGUGUGAGCAUCAGCCCUUGCCACUAAUGGACAGCCCACCUAUGAAAUUGAUGGUGGACCCUGAAGCAGAGCCAGUCGCACAUCACACAACAGUGCCUGUCCCACUCCACUGGCGAGAUGCCUUCAAGGCUGGUUUAGAUAGUGAUGUUCAGUUGGGUGUGCUCGAACCAGUACCCAUCGGGGAGCCUGUUACCUGGUGCCACAGGAUGGUGGUGUGUGCAAAGAAAGACGGUAAACCACGUCGGACGGUUGAUUUCCAGGCCCUCAAUCGAGGAAUGGGCGUACUUCAAGUCACGUUUAGCUUUGAACGGGAUCAGACUAUGUCAAACAUGAGUGCUCGCUUGGACUAUGAGGGCUUUGAUAAGGUGGACAUGGUCAUUGAAGCUGUCUUUGAAGAUCUAAAUGUCAAACAUAAGGUUAUCCAAGAAGUUGAGAAGCACAUUUCAGCAGAUUGCAUAUUUGCCUCUAACACGUCAGCUUUGCCCAUCAGUCAAAUAGCAACGGCUAGCAAGAGACCAGAAAAGGUUAUUGGUAUGCAUUACUUCUCACCUGUAGACAAGAUGCAGUUGUUAGAGAUCAUCACUACGGAUAAAACAUCAAACGAUACCGCAGCGGCUGCUGUUCAGGUCGGGUUGAAACAGGGCAAGGUUGUGAUCGUCGUGAAGGAUGGACCCGGGUUUUACACGACCCGCUGUCUCGCGCCAACCAUGGGAGAAAUAGUUCGACUUCUGCAGGAGGGUGUGGGGCCGAGGAGGCUGGACAAGCUUUCGAAGACGUAUGGUUUCCCGGUGGGACUGGCGGCGCUCCUGGACGAGAUGGGCAUCGACGUCGCUCAGCACGUUGCCGAGGACCUGGGCAAGGCGUUCCCCGACCGCCUGGUGGGAUCGGACCCUAACCUUCUGAAGGACAUGGUCGCCGCUGGAUUCCUGGUUUUCAAGAAGUAUUACAUUGAGCCGACGGGCAGCAACACAGAUGAGGACUUGCAGCUGAGAUUGGUGUCGAGGUUCGUCAACGAAGCUGUCAUGUGCUUGCAAGAGGGAAUACUCAACUCACCAGCAGAUGGCGACAUCGGCGCAGUGUUCGGCCUCGGGUUCCCGCCGUUCCACGGAGGCCCCUUCAUGUUUGUCGAUCGGUAUGGAGCAGCUAGACUGGUAGAACGCAUGCAGCAGUUUACCGACCUCUACGGCCCGCAGUUCAAGCCCUGCCAGUUGCUGCUGGACCACGCACGCGACACAAGCAAGCGGUUUCAUGCUAACCCAAAGUAGUAGACCGGUGAGGCCAACGCACAGCAGCACCAGCCCCUGCGAUGCCAAGCUAGCUGUCGUCAGGGUUGUACGCGCGGUCACCGCAUAAGCAAACGUGUAGAGGUAAACUUAGAGGUACCGAAUUAACUGUUAGUCGUCUGUUAGACCCAACUCAUUCCAAAAAUUUUAAUCGAUGUCGACAGACAGGCUCCGUGAAAACUAUUUUCUGUAUACAAUGUUGGUUUAAGCUUGUUUUAUGCUUUCCUAUGAUGGUGGUGAACCCUCUACAUAGUGCCAGUAGGGUGACACAGUGAUGGGUGUCGGUCUGUUGUGUUAAAAGUAUGUAUAAAUUGUUAUUGUGGUCUCAGUGUCAUCUUGUUUGUACGAAGUUUGCAUGCAGUUUUAAGUUCGCAUGCUGCCAGGUUUGUGUACGAUGGCACUUUAAACAAUUGGAAAAUAAUAAAUAUGGCACAUUGUCAGCAUUGAAGGGCAAUUAUUGAACUACAAUACAAGCUUUUUUAAAAGGGCUUUUCGGUGACCUGUACAUACCUUUCUGCUACGUCAAGGAUUUAUAAUGUGAUGUUAUGAUAACACCUGUUAAAACUUUAUUAACUGCAACAUUUAUUAUUGUAUGACUAUUAAAAGUAUGCGCCAUUAAAAACUUAUGCGGCACAUAUAAAUUAA